GUCCAGGUAACAGUAACCAUAAGGCCUGCUUCAACGCUAAUCUCAAAAAAUUCGAGAAUUUUAUACUUGCUGAUGGGGCUAAGAAAUUUUCUUUUCUAAAGCUCGAAAGCUUCCGAGAAUUUACGAUCCGACUUGACCAAAGUCGAGUCAAUGGCAGCCGCGAUCGUCAUAUGUACCCUUUAUCCAGGCCCCUCAAUACUUUCUCAUCUCCUUCAAGCUACAUCGCAAGGAAGAAGAAGCAGCAACAGCAGUAGAAGAGGCAGCUGAGUUUCUAGCAUCAGAAGCUGCAUAUUCUAACAAGAACCAUAAGAGAUGGCUAGUGUUAGUCUUCGAGAGAACUUAGGGAUCAGAGAAGAGGUAAUCAAGAAAGCAUGCUCAGUGAGCAUGAAGACCCACAAGUCCGCAGGGAAACAGUUAUAUGUUGCCGAAAAGAUUCGCAAUUCACAUGAACUUGUUUUUAGCUUCCCUGGAUCUUGGUCUUUAAGUGAUUGGUUCAUCGGAAGUUCCUUUGGAGAAGUGAACGUGGAUCUUGAGCUGUUCCCUUCCCUCAAAUAUAUUGGUCUCAAUCAAAUUGCAACCGUCAAUGGAGCUUUCCUUAACAGAUUCAACGCAAUUUUGGAUAAUACACAGUUCAAGAAGGAGGUGGGAACAGCUGUGACAGAUAGGAAGCAAGUUCAAGUUGUGUUUACAGGGCACUCUCUUGGGGGGCCUAUUGCUAUACUUGCGGCAAUCUGGUUCUUGGAAGAGUACAUAAGACCAGACCCCAAGAAAAUGGCACCUCUAUGUGUGACUUUUGGAUCUCCUCUUGUUGGCGAUCGCAUUAUGAGCCAUGCACUUAGGCGUGAAAACUGGUCUCGCUACUUCGUAAAUUUUGUCAUGAGAUAUGACAUUGUCCCAAGGAUGUCACUCACCCCUCUCUCGUCUGUUGAGCAGCAACUGCGGCAAGUUCUCAAUUUCUUCAAGGCAAGAUCCCAAGAAAAUGUGGUUGAACCCUCAGAUUUCUUUGUAACUGUGAUGAGGAAUGCAUUAUCUGUUGUAAGCCAUGCCGCCUGUAAGAUCAUGGGGAAUACAAAUCUGUUGUUAGAGACACUGUCGAACUUUGUUGAGCUAAGUCCUUACAGACCAUUAGGUACCUAUGUCUUCUGCACAGGAAAUGAGAAACUUGUGGUCAUAAGGAACCCAGAUGCUGUUCUGCAGCUACUGUUCUAUACCUCUCAGUUGAGCUCUGAAGGGGACCUUCCUGCAGUUGCCCGCAGAAGCCUAAUAGAUCAUUUGAGCUACAAAGAUGAACUGGAAGAAUGCUUAAAAAUGCAAAGUGUAACCUUUUUAGAUGAUCAUCAUUUGGAAGCACUUCCAUUAUCAGAUGAUGCAAGUGCAACAGCAGAGAGUAACAUGGCCUUGAAAGACCUAGGCCUGAGCGCUAGAGCUAGAUUGUGUCUCCGUGCUGCUGGACAAUUGGAGAAGCAGAAAAAGAGUAACCAGCAAGCAAUUGACAAAAAAAUGGAAGAUAUUAAGAAUGGACUUGGAAAACUACAAGGGUACAAGGAUAAAUGUAAACAUAAAGUGGGCUACUAUGAUGCCUUCAAGAUUUCAGAAGACAAGGAAGACUUUGAAGCUAAUGUGAAUAGGCUCCAGCUGGCAGGUAUAUGGGAUGAGAUAAUCGAAAUGCUGAAAAGAAAUGAACUCCCUGACGAAUUUGAGGGUCGGAAGGCAUGGAUUGAUAUAGGAACCCAGUACCGCCGCAUUGUUGAGCCCCUAGACAUUGCUAAUUACUAUCGACACCUGAAGAAUGAAGAUACAGGACCUUAUAUGGAAAGGGGCAGACCUAAGCGGUAUAAAUGUACCCAAAGAUGGCGAGAGCAUGCUGAGAGAAUGUCAAAUGAAUCCUUGGAAUCAUGUUUUUGGGCUGAGGCAGAGGAGCUCUGCAAUAAAUCUGGAAACCCAAGCAUCAGAGACAGAGUUUUGCAGCUGAAGAGAAGAGUUGAAGAAUGGAUUCGAAAUGGGGUUCUAGAUGAAGAUGUGUUCUUGAAUGGUUCCACCUUUGAAAAAUUGUUGACAGAGCACUCUUUAAAAAACUCAGAUCAGAAUGUUGUAUUUCAAGGAUCAUGGAGCUGAUCAUGAGGGACACCGUGCACGUAAUAAAAUAUAAUAUUAUUAUGCGUAGGCCUUGCGCUGUAAGGACUUCUGGUGUGUUGUACUUCUUUCCGUUAAUGUAAUGCAAGGCAUUUGGUUAAAGAAAUGUUAACUAUAACCACCUGCCUCUGCUUGAACCUUUUUACUAUGCUCUUAAUUGCAUUGCUUUUCUUUUUGAUCA